AUGGCGCCUAGCGCGGACUCUUCAGCCAAGAUGCGGGCGGCGGCCUCCGCGGUGGCAAAACCCAGCCAGCCUGAGAUCGAUCUCUCCUCACCACUCUUUAAUGCAGCGCGCUAUCUCGCCACCACGCACGCGAACACGAACUUUAUCCAGCUACAAACGGAAUUGGAGGUGCUGCGCAAGACCACUUCCGACAAAACGGAGCAGCUCAAAGCCUUAGUCAGCGCGCACUUCGAUCAGUACCUGAGCUGCCAUGAAGCCGUGCGCACGUUGGCUGCAGACGUCAGUGCACACCAACAAGACACCGAGGCGCUGGUGGGGGACAUGCAGAAUCUGAGUCGCAUGACAGACGCCUCGCUAGCAGUGAUGCUGCAGCGCUCGAGGGAACAGCGGCGUAUUCGCCACACAUUAGCGGUGCUGGCGCGCCUACGGCCCAUUCUCGAGCUGACGAGCAAGAUGAAGGCCAGUCUGCGUGUCCAGGACUACGACACAUUGGCAGUGGACUAUGCGAGGCUGAAACACCAAAGCGACAAGAUCGCAAACCUCGCUGCGCCACUGAAGCGCGUAGUUACAGCCGGUCAUGAAAUUGCAGCUACAGCCAACGCAGAACUGCUCCAAAAACUAGAGGAUAUGUCAGCAUCAGUCUCCGAUCAAAAGCGCGCGAUCGACGUGUUAGCUGCACUGGGGCUAGUUGAGAAACCCAUCCUCACAUGCCUCACCAAACAGUUCGAAUAUCUGGAACGCAAGCUAAAGCUGUUCGACGAAGAAACCAGCCAGAAUUCCGGUGAAGAGAUCAUGAAAGAAUGCGUUGCCAUCGCAUCUCGCUUUCGCAACGGGCUAUGGAGCUUCAUUUGCGAGCUGUUUAAAACUCCAGCGGGUAGUGCGGCUGCGACCAGUAAUGCUAUCACUUCUGUCGAGGCCGAACGAGUGCAGCAGCAAGCAUGGAAUAUACUGUCCAAGUGCUCUGGUUUACUGGAACGUCAUGCGUCACCUCCCUCGGCAUUGCGUCUCAAACUACUGACCGAAGCUUUCCGUCAAUUUCGAUGCCUCAAGAAAUGCCCGAACGCUGCAAUGCUCAACGCAAACAUUGAGCAACUCAACGAAAUUUUCUGUAAUAAAUUCCGUGCCACCAUUACGUUGGGAUACCUGGACCAAGAAUGUCAAUCAGCACGAUCAAGCCUUCUUGCUGAGUAUUUUGAACCAGUCGUGACGGUACUGCCAUCAUUUUCGAGUGAAAUCGCCCUUGGAACUCCAAACGCUUCCGUUUUCACUCCUGUGGUAACGGCGACAGGUCCGCGGACAAAAGUGCAGCGUGUGAUUGUUGAAGCUCGACAGGCGUUUGAUGUCAUCAGGAAUGCAUCCCGGGUAUCCUCCGAGUCCAAGAUAGUGCUGCAUCGACCGUUGGUUUUUACAACUUGUGCCACCGACGUUCUGCAACGCUGGAAAGGUAUCUGGACGAAUGUCGGUGGAGCACUGCUAGACGUGUUGGAUAUCACAGACAGCGUCAGUACUCGUAAAAGUGGAGAAUCUAUUCCAGUAACGGCUGACACUGACGAAGAUUUUCACUUCCGAACAAACCUUGUUCAAGCUCUGGAGAAGAAUCUGCGCGAUAUGUUGACGGAAUUUCUAGACAAAGUGGUGGAUACAUUUGUUGCGGAGAUCACUCCACCGAUUCAGGUGGGAUCCUACAGUAGCGGGGCUAGUGACAACCGAAAUGGAGCACGAGUAUGUAUCUUGCUUGCCAUUGUCGCGAACUGCGUCGAGUUGCGCGAAAAGUGUCUUCGUAUUGUCGACGGAUGGAUGGCACAGAUAAAAUAUGGCAACAUUGACGAAGAUGCCUUCAAUAGCAUGCUAGAGCACGGUCGAGCAGCCACUUCUGGUACUCGAGCGCUCGCCAAUGUGGUACAAAAUGUGGAGAUCAAGUGCAUGGACAUGUACUCAUCCACACAUGCAAAGCCGCUUCAAAAUGUACUCCGUGCAGGAGCAGCGGAAGAACCUUUCCAGCCUCAUAAUGGCAGCAGUAGCAGACACAGCUCUCGCACUAACCGCCCCAGUAAUAGCGUCAAAUCCCCGGCACCUGCGGCUAAUCCCAUGCCAAUGCCUUCUGAUCCCCGUCAAUACGUGUUCAACGUGCUUCUACAGCUGAUUACGCUGCGCAGUGAAGUCGAAAUGAGCGUUGGCGAAUACCCCCAAUGCUGGGACUACAUACGCAGUGUGACGGACCCACUAACCGCGGCAUUAGCCGAUUUUCUCCAGACCUCGAUAGGAAACCUGGAGGGUAAUAGCAGUUUGCCCCUGGAUGAGUGGAAGCUCUGUCAUCUAACCGUCGAAGUACGAUUCUUCCAGUUGGCACUUGGUGAUCUCAUGGCGGAAGGUACUAAAACUCAGUUGGAGGAAAUGGAGAAGCAGCUUGUGCAGAUCAAGUCUGGAGACCAAGGGACGAACGCGGGCCACGUGACGCUACUGAAUCAGAUGAAGCACCAGAGCAAGUUAUAUCUUCUCGCACUGCAGCAGUAA